UUGCGCCAGGGACACCCUUGGCGAUGGGAGCCCUUACUGCACCAGGGACACCCGUGACGACAGGGACGCUCAGGGGGCCAUGGACGUCCACGGCAAUGGAGACAUUCACAGUGCUCCGGAAGCCAAGAGGACACAGGCGGGGCCUAGAGGACGGGAGGCUGAGACGGCUCCUGCAGAAGGGACUGGAAAAGCGACAGGCACGGAGUCCCAGGAGCCAGGCCAGAACCCUCGAGAACGUGAGGCCACCAGCUGGGGGACACAAGCCCCAAGAGGGCAACUUGUUGCAGAGGCCGAGGGCACACUGAAGCCAGCCGCUGUCAGGCCUACAGCGCUGCCGGAGGCAGAGUGGGGCCUCCGGGCCUGGCCUGAGGACCACCAAAGGGCCUGCCCCAGUGCUGCGGGCCCUCGGCUGCCGCGCCCCACACACUUCGUGGCGCUCAGGGUGACUGAGCCCUGGCUGCGGGCAGAGGUAGCCAAGGCGCAGAAGCAGCUGGUGCGUGUGGACCCGGCCUGCGCCCCGUUCCUGGUGCCCACAGAGGCCCUGCACCUGACGCUGGCGCUGCUGCGGCUGGCGGGUCCAGGGGAGGAGGCGGCGGCAGCGGGAGCUUUGAGACGGGCCCUCCGGGCCCCAGGGUUGCCAGUACCCCCCGAGCUGCGGUUCCAGGAUCUGGAACUGCUGGGCCACCACGUGCUCUGUGCGCCUCCUUCUCCCACACUGGAAGACAUGGCCCGAGCGCUGGGUCAGAGGCUGGAGGAUGAGGGGCUGAGGGUGCUGCAGCCCCCUGGAGGGUUGCGCCCCCACCUCACCCUGGCCAAAGUGCCCUGUGGCUCUCAGGCCCGCCUGCCUGAGCCACAGGUCAACCUGAGGCAGGAGCUGGGGACCCAGCCACUGAGGAGACUCUGGCUGUGCCGCGUGGGGAGGGCAGGGAGCGCAGAUCAGCCCCUGGCCGAAGCCCCUCUGGAGUCUCCCGCAAAGGACUUCGGAUCCAGAAGCCAGGGGCGGAACCACAGGUCCUAGCAGGAAGGACAAAGGGCGUGCUCUCUCUCUCUCUCUCUUUAAUUUUGGUUUCUCUUAAGCUUCCAAGUGGUGCUCAGUGCUCCAAGGAAAGAAUGGAGAAGGAGGGGGGGAGAGGAAGGGAGGGGAGGCAGAGGAGGAACAUCUGGAAAAGAAGCAGCCUGACAGUCCAGCUGUUUGCAAACUCAUAGCACAUCCUCCAGUUACAUGGCAGAAGAGGGAGGGAGGGCCGAACAGAAAAGGGGAGGAAGGAGAGAAAAUAACUUAAAUAAACACACACAGAAAGAAAAGAGAAGGAAACAUGACGUGAGCUGGUGAUCCAUGAAGGUGGGGCGGGAGGGGGGGA